AUGGCGGCCGAAGAACCCUCAGCCGUCUCAGAAACCACCAUAUCUAUUUCCCUAAUUAAGGGUUUAGCCUCCUGCGACACUUCUGUUCGAUCCAAAUCCCUAAAAACCAUUCUCCAUUGGCUUUCUGCGCAAACCCUAGUUUCCGACGAUGAAUUCAAGAAGCUCUGGAAAGCUCUAUUCUACUGUAUGUGGCAUUGCGACAUGAUUGAAAAUCAAACCCAGCUUAUCAAUCGUCUUUCUAGUCUUCUCCCUAAACUCCCUUACCCGCUUUCUCUCUCUUACUUCUCUCACUUCCUGCUUACUAUGCGGAAGGAGUGGCCCGGCAUUGAUCAUCUCAGGUUAGACAAAUUCUAUCUUUUGAUUCGUUUUUUUGUUAGGAAUUUGUUUGUUUUGUUGAAGGAAUUGAACUGGGAUUUGUCUGUUUUGGGGGAAUUUGUUGGGGUUUUGGAGAACAAGGCUUUCUUCUUUGUUGAUGAUGAAGGGAAAGGGGAUAAUGGGUUGGGAAAUGGGGUUACUUAUCAUGUUGUUUCGGUUUUUUGUGAUGAAAUUAAGCCAUUUUUGCCAUUGAAUUUGGAGGUUUUGAACUUGUUGUUUCGACCCUUUGUUGGUGUUUUGAGUAAGAGUGAUAAUAAGGUGUUAGUGGGUAAAGUUAAGAGUAAUGUUUUUGGUAAUUUGAUUAAGAAUGCAAAGGGUUUGUUGGCGGCGAAGAAGUCGGGUGAUGCCGAGGUUGAUGAGAAGGGUGAGAUGAUGUUGUUUGGAACAAUUGGUUUAGCAAUGGGAUAUGGGACGAGGUUGUACGAAUUAGGUUCGUCUCCUGAUUGUCUUCAGGGGAAUAGGAAGGUAAUAUUUGGUUUACAAGAGGAGUUUUCGAAGUUAGAGAAGGAGAAGGCGGCUUUGGGUAUCGAUUUUUCGCUUCCUGAGUUUGAUGGUGAGGUGCCCCUUGUGGUUUCUAGUAAUGGUGAUGUAAAUGGGGUUGUAGAGGUUGAAUUGCCUAAGAAAGAAGCUUUCAAAGAGAAGAAGUCUAAGAAGAAAAAGAAGAAGAAUGAGGUUGCUAAUCAUGGUGGUGUAAGUGGGAAUGAUUCUAACGGCGAUACUGAUAUGAGUUUGAGUGUGAGAAUGAGUGUAGGGAAUGAACUGGAGGAGAAGAAGUCAAAGAAGAAAAAGAAGAAGAAUCAAGGUGGAGCUAGUGGGAAUGAUUCUAACGGCGAUACUGAUAUGGUUAACAUGAGUGAGAAUUUGAAUGCAAAAGCUGAAGAUGGAGGCAAUGCACUAGAACUAGAACUAAAUGAGGACAUGAUGUCCAAUCUCCAAAAGCAGUUUGAGAAGAUUGCUGCUGAGUCUGGAUUAGAUGGUGAUGGUUUGAGUGCACUUGAUUCUCCGAAACCUGUGCAAGUCAGUGGCAAGCCUGGUAAGAAGCGUAAGAGAUCAAAGUCAGUGGCUAAUGCCGAUACAAUUGGCCAGGACGAUAUAGAAAAGGGAGUUAUGAUGAACACAGAGGAGAAGAGUGGAAAGAGAGUUAGAUUUGCUAUGAAGAAUAAUAUUGUUUGGAAACCUCAUAAUCCUUUACCACCCCAAAAUGUGAGGAUACCUCCGUCUUCCACACCUAGAGGGAGUGCCCUUAAGAAGGGUGUGUCCCCCGGACCCAUUAGAGAUUCGUCUCUAGAUGCCAAGAAGAAGAAGAGGAAACCUAGUCCACUGAAGAAAUCUAGGAAGGUGAAGAGCAUAUCCCCCUCAGUCAAACGUAUCAAGAAGAAGAAGGUCAAGUCAUUAUCUGCCUAG